AUGAGCAUCGCAUUCGACGUAUUCCGCGGGUCGCCCGAGGGACGCAUCGUCGCGGACACGGUGACGCGCACCCUCGAGCUGCACGAGGUAUUCAUCGAGACCACCCACUCCGGGGUCUGCGGCACCGACGAGCACUACCUCAAGGCGGGCAAUGUGCUGGGCCACGAAGGGGUGGGCAUCAUCCGCGCCCUGGGGGCCGGGGUCAAGUCCGUUCAGGUCGGGGAUCGUGUGGGAUUCGGCUAUACGCACAGUAUCUGCGCCUCCUGCGAGGAAUGCGCGACCGGCCAUGAUCAGUACUGCCCGAACGUCAAGAUGUACGGGUUCCACGACCGGGAUAACGGCUCGUUCAGUCACGGCGCGGUCUGGGACGAGAACUGCGUCUACCGCAUCCCCGACGGGUACGACUCGAUCCACGCCGCCCCGCUGAUGUGUGCGGGCGCCAGUGUGUGGGAGAUCUUCAUGCAGUACGGGGUGCGGGCGACGGACCGGGUGGGGAUCAUGGGUGUCGGCGGCCUCGGCCACGUGGCCAUUAAGCUCGCCAGCGCCAUGGGGUGCCAGGUGGUGGUGCUGUCCAGCUCCGAGGCGAAGAGAAAGGAGGCAAUGGACUACGGGGCGUCGGAGUUCCAUGUCUUCCAGUCGGGGGGCCCGGUGCCCGAGGGUUUCCGUCAGGUGAAGCAUCUUCUGCUCUGUGGGAGUGCUGACGUUGAUUAUUCUUCUUUGAUGCCAUUGGUGGCGACUCGUGGCAGCAUCUACCCUCUCACGCUUACCCUGAAGCCCGCCCCGGUGCCUUUGGCCCGCCUCUUCCUUCGUGGCAUCAAGAUCCAAGGGUCGUUGGUGGCCUCCCGCCAGAAUAUCCGAUCCCUGUUCGAGUUUGCAGCGAGGAAGAAUAUCACCCCCACGACUAUGACCUUCCCCAUGACGCCAGCGGGCAUUGAGGACGCGAUGAAGACUCUGAGGGAAGGGAAGAUGAGA